CAAUAAUCUUAUUUGUGGAUAAUAUAUUUUAUGCAUUUUACUCAUUUCAAAAUUUUAUUUAUAUCCCCUCUCCUCUCUCUCAUUGCAGUAUAAUAUUGCACUACUGCAACCAACAGGUUGAGAAGCACUUGCUAACAAUAUGGGAAGGUUCGGGGAGGAGAAGGCUUUGUCCGGAAUCUCCAACAAUAAUCAAGCAGAUUCAACCAUUUUCAAGAAAGGAUGGGUACAACCAUCGCCAUUCAAGGAAAAUAACUUGGAGUGUAAGAAUCAACUUUCUCCAGCUUCAGAGUCUACAGAGUUUGAAAAUGCAACCUGUUGCUCGUUUUGUAUGAGCAAAGACGGUUGCAGAACUGUGCGAUCACGGACUAAACUAAUGAACAUUUUGAUAGAAAAAGGGAAACCUCAGGAAGUGGAAUCCCUUUUUGAUAGUUUGAUUGGGGGAGGACACAAACCAUCUUUAAUAACAUACACCACUCUCUUGGCUGCCUUGACCAUGCAGAAGCGUUUCAAUUCCAUACGUUCAAUCAUCUCACAAGUGGAGGACAGUGGAAUGAAGCCUGAUUCGAUUUUUUUUAAUGCUGUUAUAAAUGCUUUCUCCGAGUCCGGGAACAUUGAGGAAGCCAUGGAAAUGUUUUGGAAGAUGAAAGAGAAUGGAAUGAAACCUACUACUAGUACUUAUAACACUUUAAUCAAGGGAUACGGCAUUUCUGGUAAACCUGAAGAAUCAGUGAAGCUUCUGGAACUUAUGUCCAGAGAAGGAGGUGUGAAACCCAAUCUUAGGACUUAUAAUGUUCUUGUCAGAGCAUGGUGUAACAAGAAAAAUAUUCAAGAAGCUUGGAAUGUGGUAUAUAAGAUGAUAGCUUCCGGUAUGCAACCUGAUGCAGUUACUUACAACACCAUAGCAACAGCUUAUGUUCAUAAAGGAGAGACAAAUUUAGCUGAAGAGAUGAUUUCAGAAAUGCAGAGAGCUGGAGUGCAACCCAAUGAGCGAACUUGCGCCAUUGUUAUAAGUGGAUACUGUAAAGAAGGGAAAGUAAAGGAGGCACUGCGGUUUGUUUACAAGAUGAAAGAACUUUGUGUGCGUCCUAAUCUCGUUGUUCUUAAUUCGCUAAUCAAAGGUUUUGCAGAGAUUAUGGAUAGAGAUGCGGUUGAUGAGGUUCUUAAAUUGAUGGAGGAAUUUGAUGUCAAACCAGAUGUUAUAACAUUUAGUACCAUCAUGAAUGCAUGGAGCACGGCGGGUUAUAUGGACAAGUGUAGGGAAAUCUUUGACAACAUGGUGAAGGCUGGUAUUGAACCUGACGGACAUGCAUAUAGCAUCCUCGCCAAAGGUUAUGUCCGUGCACAAGAGCCUGAGAAAGCUGAAGAACUUCUGGCAACUAUGAUUAAAUCAGGACUCGAUCCAAAUGUUGUGAUAUUCACCACUGUCAUUAGCGGAUGGUGCAGUGCCGGGAGGAUGGACUAUGCAUUUCGAGUUUUUGACAGAAUGUGUGAAUACGGAAUUUGUCCCAACUUGAAGACUUUUGAGACAUUAAUUUGGGGAUUCAGUGAAAACAGACAGCCAUGGAAAGCAGAAGAUAUUCUUCAGAUAAUGAGAGAGUUUAAUGUCGAACCCGAGAAAUCCACCAUGCAACUAGUUGCAGAAGCAUGGGGCGCCAUUGGAUUGACAAAAGAGGCGAGCAGAGUGCUAAACAACACGAAACAGAAGGAAAUGACUCCCCAAAAGGAGUCAGCCGAAGAAGACAUACCAGUUGAAAGGCUAGAGAAACUCUACCAAAAGCAAAAUGCAAGUGCAUCCUAUUCCAAUUUCUUACAUAUACCGAAUUUGGUUACGGGUGAUCAGAAAGGAUCUACUGCAGCUCCUAAAAAGGGUAGGAUGGUGCUAAGAGAUGGAGACUUUUCAAUGGAGUACUCUUUGCUUGCUCCGAAAUCCAUGUGUCGUUCGCAUACUUGUAAAUUUGGGGCAAGGUCUCCAAUUAUUAGCUAUAAGCAGUCUCAAGGUCAGCAUGUGAUUUAUGGUAUGUUUGCACAGUCAUGUACAGCAGUGUUCUUAAACUAAAAGGAAAGGUGAAAUGAAUUUUUCUUCAUUUCUUUUUCCUUUUUAUGUAUUUAUGUUCAUACUUUUACCCAACAGAAUUCUUCCUCAUUUUGUUGUAAAUAGUAAAGGGAGUUGUUAUUUUCAGUGAACUGUUUCAUAAUGCAAGUCAGUUGGUGUUUUCUA